AUGGCAUCAGAACAUAAGGAUUGUGAUGGACGAAUUCGAUGUCCUUGUGUGAGAUGUAUAAAUAGUAGGUUUGAAAAAAUAGAUAGGGUUAGAGCACACGUAUUUGAUCGAGGUUUUAUGCAAGGAUAUGAGAAGUGGAUUUAUCACGGGGAGCCUGAGGAUGCCGUCGAUGAUGUAGCAAUUGCCGAUGUUGAAUCAGAGGAUGAAAUGAUUCCUAUUUUAGAAGACUUCUUUCCCUCGACAACUGAGGAACGACAAGGAGAAGAUGAACAACCAAGCACAAACCCACAAUUUGAUGACUUAUUUGAGGAAAUUGAAGCUGAAUUGUAUCCCGGUUGUGAUUGGAUUUCGUCUCUUAACUUUUUAGCAAAGCUAUUGCAUUUAAAAGUUAGGGGAAAAAUUCCUAAUAACAUCUUUGAAGAAUUAUUGAAGCUUUUAAAGUUUGCGUUUCCGAAGGAAAAUAAUAUUCCAUCAACUUACUACGAGGCAAAAAAGAGAUUGAAGAAAUUAGGCUUGGGUUAUGAUUCUAUCCAUGUCUGUUUGUAUAAUUGUUGCUUAUUUUAUAAGGAGAAUGCAUCCAAGGAGGCUUGUCCAGUUUGCGGAACUAGUCGUUGGGUUACUUCCGAGAACGGCAAAGGAAAAAAAGUUCCUUCCAAAGUCAUGCGAUACUUUCUGUUGACACCUCGGCUUAAAAGAUUAUAUAGUUCGAGGAUUACAGCGAAAAGCAUGAUAUGGCAUCAUACUGGAAAAUCAAAAGAUGAUGGGGUGUUGCGACACCCGGUCGAUGGUCUCGCUUGGAAAGACUUUGAUGCAAAACAUCCCGAGUUUGCAAGAGACCCAAGAAAUGUUCGACUGGGGUUAGUUGCUGAUGGAUUUAAUCCAUUUGGCAACAUGAGUCUUGCAUACAGCAUGUGGCCAGUGGUGUUGACUAAUUAUAAUCUACCACCUUGGUUAUGUGUGAAAGAUAAUUAUUUUUUGCUAUCUACCCUUAUUCCUAGUGCAAAAUCUCCGGGUAAAGACAUGGAUAUAUUUUUAAGACCGUUGGUGGAUGAAUUAAAGGAGUUGUGGAAUAAUGGGGUACCAACGAGAGAUAGUUCGACCAACUCGAUGCUCACCAUGCGUGCUGCGCUUUUGUGGACAGUGAAUGAUUUUCCUGCUCGUAGUAGCUUGUCUGGGUGGAGUGGUCAAGGUUAUAAAGCCUGCCCUACUUGUAAUGAAGACACGACGUCCAUUCGAGUGAUCGGGAAGACAUCAUAUGUUGGUCAUAGAAGGUUCUUGCCAAGUAACCAUGCAAUGAGAAGGGAUACUCGAUUUGAUGGUAAAGUUGAAAGAAGACCUCCUCCAAGACGAUUUACUUGUGAAGAGAUAUUAUCACAAGUUAAUACUCUCGAACCCCAAAUUCCCGGACAUCAUGAAAAUUUUGGGGGUGUGAAACGUAGAAGAGUUGCAGAAACCUGUAAUUGGAGGAAAAAAAGUAUUUUCUACGAGUUGGAGUAUUGGAGCACGAAUAUUUUAAAACACAACAUUGAUGUCAUGCAUGUUGAGAAGAAUGUGUGUGAUAGUCUCCUAGGAACCAUCUUGGAUAAUGAUAAAUCAAAGGACACAACCAAUGCGCGACAUGAUUUAAAGAAGAUGGGUAUUAGGGAAUCGUUGUGGAUUUAUGAAGAUGGGAAUGGGAGGCUAAUGAAACCGCAUGCUCCUUAUGUUUUGACUCGUGAGAAAAGACAACUUUUUUGUCAGUUUGUUAAAGGAAUAAAGUUUCCCGAUGGCUUCUGUUCAAAUUUAAAAAGCAAAGUUUCUCCAUAUGAGUCUAACAUUAUUGGGUUAAAAUCCCACGAUUGUCAUGUCAUUAUGCAGCGAGUACUAGCGGUUGGUGUCCGUAAAUUUCUACCUCGUGACACUGCAACAACUAUUACUCAGCUGUCUUUUUUUGACAUAAUGAUACAUUUGGUAUUGCAUUUGCCUGAAGAAGCGAUAUUGGGUGGCCCGGGUCAAUUGCAAGGUUAUGUUGCUGAUGAGGCAGUAACCUUUUGUUCAAUGUACUUUAAAGGGUGUGAAACAAGAUUUAAUCGGCUUGAUCGAAAUGAAGAUGCGCCUUCUGUCUGUCGCUAUCUCUCAGUUUUUAAUUCUCAAUCUCGUCCUUUAACUAGCGGAAUUAUCAAGCCUCUUGAUCAUAUCAGUCGUGAAAAAGCUGAGUGGUACAUUCUUCAAAAUUCUCCUGAAAUCCAAGCUUACUUAGAUGAACAUUUGGACAAGAUCAGGCAUGAAUAUCCUAAUGGUAAUCACGAUGUCUUGCAUAGGCAAACUUUCCGUCCGUGGUUUCAUAAGAAGAUAUAUGAGUUGCACAAGCUUGGAACUUUACAAAAUGGUGAUGAGUUACUCGCUCUCGCUUCCGGGUCCGAUUACUUAGCAACAUUUUACGAAGGUUGUGUAGUGAAUGGUGUUCGGUUUAUUGCAUCAAAGCGAGACCAAAAGCGGAAGACACAAAAUAGUGGUGUUACUGUUGCUGGAACUGAAGGGUUUAAUUACUACGGCACACUUGAAGAUGUAAUCACUAUAUCUUAUACUGGUGCAUAUACAGUGACAUUGUUUGAAUGUAAAUGGUAUAACACUAAUCCAUUAAGAAAGAAGACAAUCACUGAAAAUAAUAUAACUAGUAUAAAUACUCGUGGAUAUUGGUAUCAAGAUGAACCGUACAUCCUUGCUAACCAGGGGAAGCAAGUUUUCUAUCUUGAAGAUCCACUCAGAGGUCGCGAUUGGAAGGUUGUUGAAGAUAUUAGCCAUCGACAAAUUUGGGACAUUAAUGACAACGAAGAUGAGACUGAUGUAGAUGUUGUUAGUGAUUCUAACUCUGCCAAUUUUGUGUUGACGGUUGAUCUUGGAGAGUUGAUUAUGCAAUCGAAUGAACCUCCAGUAAUUGUUGAAUCGUCCGAUCAGUUAGUGGAUUCUGAGAUAGAGAAUAAUGAACUUGAUGAAAAUUAUGUUGCUGAAGAAGUAGAUGAUUUACUAGUUGAACAUGUGGAGGAUGAAAAUGUAAACUUAGUGAAUGAUGGAAAUGAUAGUGAUUCGUCAGUGUAACUUUUAUUUUGAAAA